UUUUCCUCACCUCACCACGUCUCCCCGCUCCGCUCCCCUCCCCUGCCACCUCACGCGACGCGCUGCGGCUGCUGCUUGCUGCCUGGCUUUGGCCGAGCGAGCCGAGCUAGUACAACUCGCACGCUAGAAACAGGCAGCUCUCUCUUCUCCUCCGUGCUCGGCGGCCGGUUCAGGGACGGGCGGAUGGGGUGGGGCUGGGCGGCGGCGGGGCUGGCUGCGGCCGCGGCGGCGGCGUACGUGGCGGCGAAGCUGAUGGAGGUGCUGUGGUGGCGGCCGCGGCGGGUGGAGGAGCACUUCGCGCGGCAGGGGAUCAGGGGCCCCCGCUACCGCUUCUUCGUGGGCUGCGUCCGCGAGAUGGUGGCGCUCAUGGUGGCCGCCUCCGCCGCGCCAAUGCCGCGCCCCUACCGCUCCCACAACGUGCUCCCGCGGGUACUCGCCUUCUACCACCACUGGAGGAAAAUCUACGGUUCCACGUUCCUGAUAUGGUUCGGCCCGACGCCGAGGCUCGCCGUCGCCGACCCCGACCUCAUCCGGGAGAUCCUGCUGUCCCGCGCCGAGCACUUCGACCGCUACGAGUCGCACCCCAUGGUGCGCCAGCUCGAGGGGGAGGGGCUCGUCAGCCUGCGCGGCGAGAAGUGGGCGCACCGCCGCAGGGUGCUCACGCCGGCGUUCCGCAUGGAGAACCUCAAGCUGCUGCUGCCGUUCGUGGGGAGGACGGUGGUCGACAUGGUGGACAAGUGGCGUGACAUGGCCGCGGCGGGGUCCGGCGAGGUCGAGAUCGACGUGUCCGAGUGGUUCCAGGUGGUGACGGAGGACGCCAUCACCCGCACGGCCUUCGGCCGGAGCUACGAGGACGGCAAGGCCGUCUUCAAGCUUCAGACCCAGCUCAUGGCCUUCGCCUCGGAGGCGUUCCGCAAGGUCUUCAUCCCUGGAUACAGGUUCUUGCCAACCAAGAAGAACACAAGCUCGUGGAAGCUGGACAAGGAGAUCAGAAAGAACCUGGCGACACUAAUUGGCCGGCGGCAGGAAGCCGCGCACGACGAGAAGCUCAGCGGCUGCGCCAAGGACCUCCUUGGGCUCAUGAUCAAUGAGAGCAGCAAUGGCGGCAAGGUGAGCCCCAUCACCGUGAACGACAUCGUGGAGGAGUGCAAGACGUUCUUCUUCGCCGGCAAGCAGACGACGUCGAACCUCCUGACGUGGACCACCGUCGUGCUCGCCAUGCACCCCGAGUGGCAGGAGCUCGCCCGGCAGGAGGUCCUCGACGUCUGCGGCGCGCGUGACAUCCCCUCCCGCGACCAGCUCGCCAAGCUCAAGACGCUCGGGAUGAUCCUUAACGAGACGCUGCGGCUAUACCCGCCGGCGGUGGCGACGGUGCGGCGAGCCAAGGCCGACGUGGAGCUGGGCGGGUGCCUGAUCCCGCGCGACACGGAGCUGCUGAUCCCGAUCAUGGCCGUGCACCACGACGCGCGGCUGUGGGGCCCCGACGCCACGCAGUUCAACCCGGCGCGGUUCGCCAGGGGCGUGGCGCAGGCCGCCAGGCACCCGACGGCGUUCAUCCCCUUCGGGAUGGGCGCCCGGAUGUGCAUCGGCCAGAACCUGGCGCUCCUGGAGGCCAAGCUCGCGGUGGCCAUCAUCCUCCAGCGGUUCGACUUCCGGCUGUCGCCCAGCUACCUCCACGCGCCGACGGUCCUGAUGCUCCUCCACCCGCAGUACGGGGCGCCCGUGAUCUUCCGGCCGCGACCAUCCGAGCCGUCCGAUCGCGACCGGGGUGUGUGAGGAGACGAUGAAGCUACUAACCCUUGUCAGUGUCAAUUGCGCCUGGCAGAAUGACCAGCAACCUCCGUCGGGCUCAGGAUGUGCUGCUUUGCCCUCAAGAGCAGAGAUCAUCAGAGCAAAUGAAGCUACCACCACCAGAGAGAAUGACUAGAAGAAGCGCAAGCACCACCUGUACUGCUGCACUAACACAUAUCCUGCUGAAGAUGCCAUCAGCAGCUUUAGAUUGGUAGAGAAGAAGCGAGCGAGUAGCCAUGUUAGAAGGCUUGCUUGACCUGUGCCUCCCAAUUUUUCAGUCUUUCGGGUUGAUGAUUUCCUUCCAA